AAUGAGGAACAAGUGGACGACGUAGCCGCCGCCUCUCGUUCAUGGAGAUUCUUUCUCCGUGAACAGUGGAUUGAUGUCCAAGAUGUCGAAGAUGUCGAAAAUGUCGCGGCAGAGGAACAGAGACGAACUUUGAUUGAGCGAUGGGCAACAGCAGAUCAGGAAUUCCGCGAUAGCUAUGAAUUCCGAGCACCAGACGAUGAGCGUAAAUUCGAAGAUCCUAAUGAUUAUCAGGAUGCAUGUCUUACAGGGUUAGUCCACAAAUUGGACGACGUUCAUAUCUGUCUCACAAAAUGGACACCUGAGAUACAAGCCCUACUUGCGAAGUGUCUUAUUACGUUAUUCGGAUGGAUGGGUGAUCAAGAAUAUAUGACUACGACAACGUCAAUGUACUAUCCUCUGGAAGAUAACCAAGGAAAUAUUCUCGACAUAUUUAAAUUCCGACAGAGUCUCGCCCGGCCCGAUUUCCUGGAUGUAUGUAUGACGGUUAAAGGAACUCUGCUGUUCUCGGACUGCUUUCCUAAAUUGAUUAUUGAUGACUAUACUCUUGAGACAGGACUCUGUCUUUGGGUUCAAUAUCAGAACAAUGGAAGGCCAGAAAGGGCUUGGCGGGCUCAGAUGUUUAUGGAUGAGUUCCCACUUUUCUUUCUUGCGGUUCAUGCUAAUUCGGAUCCGCUGGGUGAGAACGAUCGGCGCGACGAUGUGGACCGUUAUGCUCCGGGGUUCCGCGAGGCUGAAGCGGCAGGUAACGGUUUGGCGAUUGGAUAUGAAUUAGAACGGAUCCUUGCAGACAGUGGAGCCCCGCUGAAGAUUAACGAAAGGUGA